AUGGGAACCUUUAUCGGUCAUGUGUACCCAGGGCUGUUUCUUCUCUCGUAUGGUUUGUAUCAAGCAGGAGUGGUCUCCAAGGCUGUGAUAUUCAAUGACUCUCUCCUGUAUCCUUCAUCCCCUCCCAGGAGUAAGGGGAGAUGGGCCAGGCUGUGGAAAAUAUCCUACGGAGGACUGCUGAAGAUGCUGGCUGGCUCCCUCCUGAUAGCCUAUGAGAUCAGCUGUGUUAAGGGGGGGCUGAUGCUGAUGAACAGAGAGCUCCCGCCGCGAUUUAUGUACGCCAAACAGUGGCAGCACCUCACCAUGUUCAUCCUCCUCGCCCUCAACGGCUGCGUAGACGGUGUGAGCAAGAACUUCCUGCCUCAGCGCUGCGUGCUCCUAGAAAAAGGGACCCUUGUGCUGACCUUCUACGUGCUCCUGCUGCUGCUGGUGUCACAUGUUCAGGACUCGUCGGGGGUGGAGCUGCAGGUUCACGCUCUGCUCAUCUUGGUGGUGUUCCUGCUGAUGCUGCUGUUCACCAUAGAGCUGUGGGCUCCCGACACGUUUCAACUCUUGGUGAUCAAGUCCUUUCUGUUUCAGAUGAUGGGCUCAUGGCUGAUACAAGCAGGCUUCAUUCUCUACAAACCAGUCAGUGGCUACCCAUGGCUGGACAAUGACAUCAGUGACAUCAUGUUUGUCACCACCUUCUUCUGCUGGCAUGUGAUGAUCAAUGCCUUGUGCCUGCUGGGAAUCUAUGGCAUCUCUGCCUUUUGGCAUCAUUGUUACCGUCCCAGCUGGAAGCUGACGGGGUCCAGGGAAGCUUCAUGUUACACGAGCACUGUGGGACCCCUCUACAAAUUGCUGCAGGAAGUGGAGCAGUCAGAGAAAGAUGACCAGGCUCUUCUCCUUUCAAAGAGCUCACCCUGA